AUUUUAUUUCAAUCUCGAUCGCGGAUUUGCCGUGGCCUAAUGCGCAACUUACAUCCAACUUACAUCCUCUUGCAAGGGGUUGUCCUCUUCCUGCUCUUCCCGCUCUUCCUGCUCCUCCUUCCUCCUCGAUUCCACUGAUACCUGCACUCGCGAUGGCGGUCACGAUGCUCAUUCAGUAUAGAGCGGACAAGGCUCGUCUGUUCAAUAUAUACCAAGAGGACGCGGAACGGUACCUAGCGGGCUUCCUUGGAGACGACUUGCGGACGUUGGGGCUGCCGAUGCCACACGAAUGUGUCUUCAAGUCGUGGCGCACAGGAUUUGUCCUGUGCAAUUGGGACGCGGCGGAUGGCAGCUCGUUGCACCGGCAGCUCAUCGCUGCCUUCCAAGACAUUCGCAGAUCCACGAGGUCGUUUCCGGAUCUGUUCAUUGGGAGGAUCGAACUACAUGACGGCGGAUCGCGGACGGUCGCCUCCGCGCCCUUCGCUUAUAAAAGACAGAAAAAGGCAUCUGCGCACACACGCGAUGUGCCUGCCCCAGGCCCCGGCAAGGCCCCCACCGCGCCCAAGUCGACGCUCCUCGCGAGACAUGCGAGUUCGCCGCUGGCGCGACCAAUGGCACCGUCACACCAGUACCACACAAAUCACUUCGUUUCCAGGUUCCACGGCGAGGCUGACAGCUCCACAGAUGAACGUUCCGCCGCUCCCAAGGAAACACCUUCGUCGACAGGCCUGCGUCCGGGUACCGCAGCGUUCAGUGCCCCAGCAUCCGGCGUGGGGUUCGCAGCUGCGGCCACCGCUAACGGGACAACGUCCGCACGGCCACAAGGCUUCGUAGUCCCCAAGGUCGAGGAGGAGAGCCACGACGCUAUCCUGCACAGCAGUCCUCCAGCCCUGAAGCGACCGUCGCAGGAGUCUCCUCGACGCGGCCUCUUCCCUCCUCCCAGCGCCUCGUACGCGUUUGCGAAGAGCUCCCGCUCAAGUCCGUCGCCCUCGCGCGCGAGCCACGGGUCCUCUGCGUCGUCGAUGUUCUCGGCCAGGAGCUCGGCGACGAGCAUGUCCAGCAUCAGCACGACGGCGUCGGACGUGGGUACGCUGAUGCGCGAGGUGUGGGACGUGCGUCGGGAGAUGGCGGCGCUGCGUGCGCGGGAAGCGGCGCUGGUGCCUCUGCGUGCGCGGGAGCGGCCAUGGACGUCUGAGGGACGUUCGGAGGGGAAGGAUGAGGUGGAAGCACUCCGUGCAGAGCUGAGGGCGGAGACCGAUGCACGGCGCGUGGCAGAGGCGUCGCUGUAUGCAGAGCGGCGGCAGCGGGAGUUCGCAGAGCGCGUCGUGGCAGAUGCGCGGCGGGAGUGCGCGACGCCGUUCGUCGUCCCUGCGCUUAUGGAUGCGCUCAUCCAGAUAGCGGAGCUCAGUGACAGUGCACUUUUCGGGGCCAGUGUAGUAGGUAACGUCGUCGCUAAAACAAUGCAAUGAGGAUGAUUCACGAGUAAUGAUGGUUGAUUGAGAUGAAAUUAUGCAGCAUC